CUCGAGUUUCUCCAGUCUCCAGUCUCCAGUCUCCUCCAGUCUCCAGUUUGGCCCAGCCCAGUCCAGUCUCUCCUGGUCUUCCAUUAAUAGCAUCUCGCAGGUCCAGUUCCAGUUCCCAGUCUUUCUUAGUAUACUACUAUUACCUACUGUACCUGUUACUCUAUCCUUCCUACCGAACAAUCCUCCGUACCUCCUCCUCCCGCCGACUCCAGUACUUUGGAACUCUUUUCGGCCGUUCGGUUGAUCUACCCCAGCGGCUACAUCCGUCUUGUUCAUCUUUCCUCUUUUCCCCCCUCCUCCCUCCUUAAGCCUCCGCUGAAUGGUUGCUCGACUGUUGAUACCAAACGAACCACCCACCCCCCAAACCUCGACAAAGUCGAGCCUUUUCCCCUUCGAUCGGCACUCCACUCCCAAAGUCGAUCCACUCCCGCUUUCACCCAUGACAGCCUAAGGACCACCAGCAACGACCAGCUGGACACUUGGACUCCAAAACUUUCUUCCUCCUACCCCAGCCCGUUCGCUCCCCCCCCCCAAUCACCCUUUCUCCUCUCUGUCGCUCCUCCUCCUAGGUCUCGCUCUUGAUCUGGGGGUUCUUGUUCGGGCGCGAUAGGCGUCGCACCAUGCCCUCCGAAUCGUUCAUCGAGUCCUUUUCCAGGGACUGGGAACAAUGCUUUGACAGAAAGCCGAUCUCCUCAAAUCCGGUCAUUGCUGAUCUCGACGUCGAGCACAACGAACUCGCGCAGACCUGGAAAACCUUUGUUCGCUAUCUUCCGCCCAGCACACGAGUCGAACGGGGCGACCGGCCCCCGUCAGUGAGCGAUGUCGUCGCCCUCGUACGGAAUACGCAGUCUCUCUGGAGGUCUCAGCCUCGACAACGAGUCUUUGACCAGGUAGUGGCGCUUUGCGACAGAUUCGUGCCGACAUUGGAAACGCAUGCAACCUUGUUGGCUGUCCUGCCGGAUGCCAACCUCUUCCAUGCACCUCUCUUUUAUAGUGUGCUACAGACGUUGAUCAAGGCGUCGGCACCUUACCCUCAUGUCAUCGAGGGACUAAUUACCGCCCUGCUCAACAUCCAUAGUGCCCUGAUCCUACCCUCCCAACCCAUAUUCUCCUCUACCCAUCUUAUGCCCGUCGCCAAAAUAUACACCUUGUGCUUCUUUUUCCUGACCGAGUUCAUGGAUUGGUUCAUCCGACGAUCCACGUGUGAACUGCUCAAAAGCCACAGCCAGGAUGCAUACUCGGAAUUUCAUCACCUCAUCAGUUGUAUCCAACGCCAGGCCCGGGCCCUCACGGAUUCCUUCGACGCCAUGGACGUGGACAUGGAUGAGAAAUCCGAUGCGGCGUAUAGUCCACGUGCCCUGUGGGAAGAAUCUCAACUUAGCAAGGUCGGCCGUCAGGGGACGGAUCGUCGGAUAGCGGCCCAGAACACGAUUACACGCCGCCUGAUCUGGGAGAUUCAGCAGGAUGCCGAGGAACGUGCUCGAAUUCGACGGCAGAGGGACCAGCUGCUUACGGAUAUGCUGCGGGCUGUCAAUAACCAGCUGCGUCCGGUCAAUGGGCAGACCAAUGGGGUCGUCUGCAUGACCACUGCUGCACCAGACCUGGUGACCUCUGUAUUUGAAUGGUCUCGAGUAUCCAAGCGUCGCCUCGCACGUCUAGAGCUUCAGAGCGCUUCCAAACAUUUGGAAGGCUUCUUUGAACACGACGAUCAGAUCUUCGACCUGGACCCCAAUGCUCAAAUAGCUAUUGAUACCAGCGUGGUGACGACCCUUCAGACGUGGGUCACAAGUCCACGGUCUCAAGCUCUCGCUGUCGGUGGAUCCCCGUCAAAUGUCUCUCCCAGUCCCGUGGCAUUGAUAUCGGCUUGCUAUGCGUCUUUUUCCCGGCGAGCACGACUACCGGUUAUUGCUCAUUUUUGUACACGACCCGACAAGGACGUGAAGGGCCUUACUCUAUACCAACAGGGUCUAAUUGCCCUUACAUAUAGCCUGAUUCGACAAUUGAUUGAUUGUCUUCCUACCGUGGUGGACAGUGACUCGCUGCUCGACCUGAGUGCCGAGCGAUUCCGCCAGCUAGACGGCACUAUCUCCAGCUGGAAGGCGGCACUAGCCUUGGUCGAUACACUGCUACAUUUUGUACCACCAUUGCUCGUCUGCGUGAUCGACGGUAUCGACACGAUUCACGAUGCCUCGACCGACGCCGCCCUGCGAGAGUUGAUACGCGUCCUGCUCACCCACACGCGUCACCAACCUCAGCCCGCCAAUAGCGAGUGUGCGAGCCCAACCUUCUUGUUCAAGGUUCUCUUCACCGUUACCGGUCGGCCUAGCGCGUUGGUGGAGACCAUGUCGGAAAACCAGCUUAUUUUGACCGAGCCAACACACGAGCCCACCCCCUCUGACACUGUCCUCACCUCGGAUCUGGGAGUUGUCAUGAUGAACGCUUGAAUCACUCCACCCAGUUGAGCGUGGCUGAACUCGGCCGAGUCUCACUUCACGAAUUUCCUUUUUUUCUUUCCAUCUCAUCCUCCUCCCCCCCUGGUCUAGUUGAGACCAUCUGAAAAGAUCCUCUCUGGAUCACAUAGAUCCGAUCUCCAUGCCAUGGUGAUUGGAUUUCCCUGGCUACGAGACUUUUUAUGACGCAUGAGGCACGAACGGCGACUUCUGAGCAAUACUUUCUUCUCGCUACUUGCAUGAGCUAUUUUUGAUUGGAGAUACCUUGUCUUUCUUGAGAGAGUGUGUGGCCUUCACUCUGUUAAUUAUCAUUUGGUCUAUUCGUUGUUGUUGUUGGCGCCCCUCGUUGCGAUUUGACUCGUAUUUGACUCUUGUUUCUUUUUGGCACUUUGGCUACUGGCGUCUGGAAGCUCCCCUGGGAAUAUGGAUAUGGGGAAAUCAUGCUAUGGCCGUCCUAUACAUUUUGGCCAUCAAGUCCGCGGACUUCUGCAUUUGGGCUCAUUCUUUGCCGUUUUUUUUUUUUUUUUUUUUCUUUUUUCUUUUUCAGUGACUUGUGGUAGACCGUGUAUUUAUACUGCUUGCUCGCUGUGAUACCCAUGUCUAGAAGUAAUUUGCCU